AUGUUUGUUUACUUGGGAACUAUUGAGGAUUCUUGGGUUGUUGGGAAUGAUUACUUUUCUGUGGCCAAGAACUUGCCUGGUCCUCUUCAGCAGAUAUGGGAUCGUCUAGGGAAUGCAUGCGGACAUGCUAACAAGGUCGGCACCUUGAUAUCGUGGAUGUCUACAGCUCCUGAUGGGACGUAUGCCAUCAUGACCAAGGGAGGCGAACUUCUAUCAAAUCGUCAGGAUGUACUCGCAGCAGCUCAACCUCCCACCUCAGUCGAACACAUCACCUUUUCUCCUCUAGGCGGCUGGUUCAUCCGCUUCAACGACGGAACAGUCCAGGUCUCUCACUCAAGUGGCUUCUCCACCGCAUUCCACCGUCUCGUCCUUCAAUAUCUCGACCUAAGCUGUCAAACACGACAGUAUUCACCAAUUCGCAAUGUCUUCUUUGGAGCGCAAGAAGUUGUCAUUGUACGAACUGAUAGGGAGUUGUUAUCUGCCAUGUUGUCGCAGUCUUUGCAGUCGAGUUUGCAGGCUUUGACGACUGGGGAGUUGAAGAGUGAUGGGUUUGUUUUGGGGAGGAAUACUGUUCUCUGUCCUUGUGAUCCUGAUCAAUAUUUUCUCGAAGCGGUUUCGGGAUCACGGUCGAAGCAUUUGUAUCAGAUGUUGGCUACUAAACUUCCGGAUCAGUUGGUCGUCAUGGCUAUGGAGAAGCAGUCGCCGUCUGAUGAUGUGCUCAACUCGUUCAUUCACGGGCCAUUCAAAAACAGGUUGUCUGUUUCGAGCUCGACUCAGGCGCAACAUCGGCCGAGUUCUUUUUCUGGACCUUCUACUCCGGUGGUUAAUGGUCGUUCGAAUCAUCGACAUUCCAUAUCUUACGCCGCGCCUCCAGACUGGAACGUCGUACCACAAGUCACUUAUCCCCAAGCAUCUCAAGAGAUUCCUCCAACAGCGCGACAACGCUACGAAACAAUCUUUGCCAACGAAGCUCUUGGCAAACCCUACCUCAACGGGAUGGAAGCCGCGGGGAUAUUCAUGACGAGCGGGCUAUCCAGGACGGAUCUUGCUGGUAUCUGGGAUGAAGCAGACCGAGAUCGGAAUGGACAGUUUGACAAGGAAGAGUUUGUGCAGGCCAUGUGGAGGAUUGAAUUACAGACUGGAAGGGUUUCACCUCCAUUGCCACCUAGGCCGUGGAAUGGACAAGCUCCUGUGCCGGCGCAGCAAUAUCAGCCUCCUCCUGCAGCUCCGGCUUACAACUAUCCUCCAGCUGCACCAUUUCAACCACUCCCCCCAGUACAGCAACCCUCAUACGUCCAACCCAACCAACCCCAAGGCAUCCAGACCGUCGAAAUCCUCGUCGCGAUCCGCUGCAAAACCUGCGGCAAAGGCCUCGCCCCCUCCGACACAGUCUACCGCUCUACAACACACCACACCAUCGACUACUUCUGCCCAACCUGCCACCGUCCCCCCACAGCAACCCAAGUCCUCCUCGCAGCAGGCAAAGACCUCCCACAACGCAAACGUUCAUCAAUGGGCUGCAGCGGAUGCUGGAAGGACAUCAAAAAGGGCAAGAUGGUAUGGCACUGCAAUAAAUGCUGGGAUAAAGAUCUUUGUCAAAAGUGUUGGGGGAAGACGAAAAAGCAGUGUAAACAUGCUGCUAGUGGGCAGGUUGCCAUGAUGAGGGUUGGAAAGGGAGGCUCUGGUGAUGAAGACGAUGAUGAGCUUAUCGCGGAUGUUAUCGAUGGGGUUGUCAGUAUUGCCACGGGUGGGUUGUAG